AAGCCGUGUGCUUUACUUUGUUGUCACGAGCGCACCGCCUUUCGUUACUCUCUUCUUCCGCACCCGAAAAGGAGAACGGGAGUGGUAACCCUAGGUGGCCUCUUUUCUCUCGCCAAGAGCGCCGAUGGCCGACGGCUAUUGGAGGUACGGAGACGCGCGCCACCAGGCGCAGGCCGCCAUGGCCCCCCCUCAGCCCCCCAUGAAGCGCCCUCGUCCCGACUACGGAGAUGUGCCGGCUGGUUCGGAAUAUGUUGGUUAUUAUCCUCGUGAAGAAGGGAGAGCGGGACACCGUGUCAUCAGGGACACUGAAUCGAUCAGUGCAUCCUAUGACCGUUAUUUGCGUGAUGGGCAGAUCGUGUCUUAUGGUGGUGGAGAAUCCCUUAGGCCAGUAGCUGGUGGAAUGGGUGGUCAUCCUGUUGAUGAUCUGCGUAUGAUGGGUGUUGGAGGCAUGGAUGGGCGAAGUGUUGGAUAUGGAAGUGGUAGACCAGAAACACCUCUACCUCCAGAUGCAUCUUGCACAUUAUUCGUGGAAGGCCUCCCUGCGAACUGCACACGCAGGGAAGUGUCUCAUAUUUUUCGUCCCUUUGCAGGUUUUCGAGAGGUCAGACUUGUGAAUAAGGAAUCUAGACAUCCUGGAGGGGAUCCACUUGUUCUGUGCUUUGUUGAUUUCUCCACCCCCAGUCAAGCUGCAGUUGCUUUGGAUGCUUUGCAAGAUAAAAAGGGCACAUGCCAAUUACUGUUAAGCUAAUCUGGUUGGCACUUCUCACCAAAGAGCUUGCCCUUGGAGGAGGAACGGUUUACAAAUCCUGGAUAUUGCUUAAAAAAUUUAGAGAAACUGAACACAUCUUUGGUUAAUAUGCGAAAUCAUCAGUGAAUUAGAAAUAAUUCUUUUUGGGAGGGUUGAAAAUAGUGAUGCAAGGGAUUGCAACGUUAAGAUUUCUUUUAUUUUUUUUUAGUUUUUUAUUAUUAGAUGUGCAUUUGUUUGUAAGACUGAAAGCGGAAUGUGUAUGGAUGGAUGCGCAGAUGUUCAUCCUACUAUGGAAAAAAAUUGUGUUAGUCAUUUUUUAUUGGUAUGAUCGAAUACAUUUGCCACAAAGAAAUAGUGAUAUUGUACAGGAUGACUUGUAGCCAAAGCCAAUGUGGCCACUUGUUGAGAUUGAUAUUGGUAUAUAUGAGUAUACUUGUGGGUCUCUGUGCAUGAAUUCUGUGGCAGCUUGCCUUCUAAACAAUUGUUUUGUGAGAAUCACUUGAAUCCAAUAUGGCCGAUAGAAUAAACAAGGAUAAAGGUGUGUUAAAAUAGUCAAGUUUCGGAUGUUCUUUGUAUCACAAUAAGGUAGUAAAUAUGUUAACGUAUCCAAGUAUCAAGGUACGCCUACAGAUUUUAGUCUGAAGCUUUCUCCUGAUUAAAAUUGGAGCACUGUUUUCGCCUGAUCCAGAUAGGGGCGAACAUUGAUGCAUUUGGCUUCCUUUGGUUCAGGUAUAACUGGAUAAGAAAACGUGAAUUAAAAAAGCCUUUUUUUUUAUAAGAAUAAUUAUUUUUUUGUUUGGUUAAUAUCUUUGAAAUAACUUUUGAUUGAGGGUGCUUUUUCUCCAGAAGGCAGCAUUUGGUUCAGGGACUAGGCAGGCAUAAAGCUUGUCACGAGCCUUUUGCCUGUCAAACAACUACUAGGAGACAUGCUUAAGCAAGAAAUUGUUAUACUGGUGCUUAUGCUUGGUAUUACUAUUUCUAGAAAAAGUUGUAAGCCAAUCUUGGUGUAAGGCCCAUCAUUUAUGUGUCCCUCUGUUUUUUAUGGACUAAAAACACCUUUAGUGAAAGUUAAUAUAGAAACCAUAGCCAGCAAAA